AUGGACACCUUCUCGUCCCUCCCACCCUUCCAAUACCUCGUCGCCUACUUCAUCCCAAUCAUGCUGUUGGGCGUUUUUCUCGGCUCGCUCGUCAGCCCACACGCCAUCUGCGCAUCGGCAUGCUUUCCGCAACCGGCCGACAAGCCCAUGCAGACGUUCUUCUACCUGUUCGCCGUGCGCGAGUUGUGUCUGGGUCUCGCCUUGUUGACUCUAGAAGCGUACGACGAGUGGCGCGCCGCGACGAUCCUGUUGGCCUGUAUAGGGAUCAAUGGUGUCGGCGACUUUUUGAUCUCAGGAUUCCAGUUGGGAACGGCAAAGGGAAACGGAAAUGGAAAGUCAAAAGGAAACGCAGGGGCAUCGUGGUGGUGGUCGUCGUUCAUGAUCCAUGGCACUCCCACCAUCAUUGGGUAUUGGACCGUGUGGAAGUUGUGGCAGGAACAUUUUUGA